AUACCCAGUGAGUGAUUUGUCCAAGCAGCUGCUGGACUCCCUGUGGUUUCAGCCGCUGUUCCACCUCCAGACUCUGAACAACAGAGUGAAGGAGCUGGAGAGGUUCAGGGAGGUCCAGGAUCAGCUGAUGGACAUACAGAAGCUGCUGAACAACUGCAGGUUUUCCCCUCAGGUGACAUUCGAUCAGCUUCCUGCUCACCUGAUGCAGCGAUGCCCCCUCUUCUCAUUGGACGACCUGCAGCGGCUGAAGAAGGGUCAGCUGGGGUCGCUUGCCAAAACGCUGCUGCACACCGCCCUAAAACACGUGGAGAGCUGUGAGGUCAGUACUGAGGUCACUUCCUGUCCCCUGGUCUGGAGGUCAAUGGCUUUCUGAUUGUGAUUUUGCUUGUUGGC